AUGGCAAUGCCUAAAAAGAGAAAGACGGAUUUCAACGCGUUAAUUGUCGGCCUGUCUAUCCUUCUGAGCUUGAACCUAGCCAGCUCGCUAAAACACAUGGUGGCCACCUUGCGGUGGUGGGUAUUGAGCUUGAAUGAAUGGAAACCUCGAGAGGUUGAUCUCAUUCUCCAGGGCGAAAAUAUUAGCCGCAUGGUUCAAUUACUCUACCUCUCUCAACGACACACCCUUCGCUUCUAUGUCGUCAUUUGGGUGCUCAUCAAUGUGGCUGCGCAAAUUGGACUGGCCUGUCUAGGCUUGACAUACAACGUCAAUGGCGCCGACAAAGUGGUCCCCACGAUCGACGGCAUCGUGUCUAUUCCAGAUUUGACCAGCAUUCAGACAAACAGAGUGCUGGCGCAUCGCCAGAAAUCGCCGUCACAACUGCAGACUCUGAAUGCACUUCGAUUCACAGCAAACAAUUAUGGAAUGUCUGCCCUGGCGAGUGGCGUGAGCUAUCCUGUGUCUUUCAGUCCUCCAACGCCUGGCACGCUAUUCAACCCGGACACGAUAGCUCUGACAUGCGACAACUCAACAGCAUGCCACUCUACCUUUUAUGAAUCUACACCGGAAAACUUACCGUACUACUUCAUGGCGGCGACGAACCGCUCGGUGUCCACCACCUCGAAAUGCCGAGCUUUCAGGGUGACACGAGGAGGAAACGGCGACUUUAACGACAUCGCAAUUGCCGACGCAAACGCAACGUCAUUCAGAGUGCCCACCAAGAAUGGCCCCGACCAAACGACCUUCAUUGUCGAUCCAGCAACAGACCAACACGUCGGAUGGAGCCUUGUUUCGGCCUUUGAAGCAUCCAACAGCGACCCUUGGUUCUACAGAUGCAAUAUUUCCGUAGGCCCAGUGGUCAAUGCCGUUCUCGAGGCGCAUCGACUCGGGGAUAACAUCAAACUCAUGGCCCCCGCGGCUAUUGCUUUGCAAGGCUACGGAGCAUCCGUGGGCACCAACCUCACCGACCACAUCCAGUUUCAGAGCUAUCCCGCCGAAUCGCUCUAUGGGUCUCCCGCUGGCGGCGACACGGUCCUCAUGGGAGUCAUCACGAGUGUUUUCGCGUCCGGCGUCAUCUGGACUACUACUCAAGCCAAUACCAACAUCAACGCAACUGGACGCCUGCCUGUCCAGGGAAUUACCCUUGACAUCAACUCGUGGGCCUACGUGCACCUUGUUCUCGGCUUAAUCAUGGGCCUGCAGCUGCUGUUCGCACUCAUCUCUAUAGCCUUGUCAAACCGCGUCAUGGUCCGGGAUCACAGCCACUUUGGCGAGGCCGCUCUCUUGCGAUCUACCAUGUACGAUUUGAGCUAUCGAGCCAUCAUGGCAAGUGAGAGGGAAUUGGCCAGCUUAUUUCCCAAGUCGGUGACGAUUCGAUAUGUUCGGGAAGAAAACGGUACAUAUUACCUCCGAGUAUCAAACUAA